AUGGCGAAAUCAAAGCAAACGUACGAGGAAAUCAGGCAAAAGAGGAUGGAAGAGAACAAAAAGAGGAUGGAAGAGCUCAACCUAACUAAGCUCUCUCAAAGUCUCCUUUCUAAGCCAUCUCCAAUGAAGAAAGGGAAGCCCAGAAUUUCUAGGCCAGCAGUGGCCUCAACUCCUGUGAGAAGGUCGACCCGAGUUGCAGACAGGCCCACUGUUAGCUAUAAAGAAGUCCCAAUGGAACCUUUGGAGAGACCCAGAAGAAGCUACAGUUACCGAAGGAGAGGUCUAUUGUAUGGAGUUUAUGUUUCUAAUGAAGCGAGGGAACAUGCAAUUGAUAAAGCAGAAGAAAUCCAGUCACUUUUGGGAGCUGAUUUCCCAAGUUUUAUAAAACCCAUGGUCCAAUCACAUGUCAGUGGAUGCUUUUGGCUGGGUCUGCCAGUUCACUUCUGCAAGUCACAUCUUCCCCUAAAUGAUGAAAUGAUGACUUUGCAAGAUGAAAAAGGAGAUAAAUUCCAAGCGAAGUACCUUGCUCAGAAAACUGGUCUUAGUGGUGGGUGGAGAGGGUUUGCCAUUGAUCAUGAGCUCUUUGAUGGAGAUGCAUUACUAUUCCAGCUAGUCGAGCCUACAAAAUUUAAGGUGUACAUUGCAAGGGCAGAUUCAGAAGACAGAGAAAACAAGGAAGACAUGGAAGAAGAUAAUGAAGAGAAGGAAAACAUUGACAAGGACGAGAAUUCAGAUUCCACACAUAUGGAUGGGAGAGCCAGACGAACCAGAGCAAGUAAUUGCUUUUCAACCCUUCUAAAGCGCCAGAAGUUGCCAACUCAACAACAACGGUUAGAAAACUACGAAAGUACUCCAGAGUAA